AUGGAAAAAAUGACUUCUUGGCAUAACACAAAUUUAAGAUGGUUUGUAUUAGUGUUAAUUGGUGUUUAUCCAUUAGUACAGUUUUUAAUAGGGGAAUAUCCAGCACUUUUAGGAGAACAGAUCAAGUCUUAUUUUGAUGUGAGUUAAGCAGAAAUUAAUUAUCUAUGA